GAGCCCCACUUCCGGUGAUCGCAUCAAGGAGGACAAGCUAGCCUGCUAGCUAGCGUUCAUGGUUGUAUGUGUAUAUGGAGUUUAAACGGAGAGCAAAAGAUAAAUCAACCACUCCAAAACAUUUGGUUUGAUCAUGGUGGUCGCAACUUGCCCCGGGCUGUACUGUGGCAGGACGAUUAUCAAUAAUGGCUCAAUCGAGGGAGAAUGUGGGGUGUGUCCGAGGGGCGAGAGGACCAACAUGCAGAAGGUGUGUGAAAAGUGCACGGAGUCCCCAGAGCUGUAUGACUGGCUGUACCUGGGGUUUAUGGCGAUGCUGCCUCUGGUCCUGCACUGGUUCUUCAUAGAGUGGUACUCUGGGAAGAAGAGCUCCAGUGCCUUGUUCCAGCACAUCACUGCUCUGUUUGAGUGCAGUGUGGCAGGUGUGGUGACUCUGCUGGUCAACGAACCUGUGGGUCUCCUGGCUAUCCGCUCUUGUCGGGUCCAGAUGCUGUCUGACUGGUACACCAUGCUGUACAACCCUAGCCCUGACUACGUCAACACCCUGCAUUGUACGCAAGAGGCCGUCUUCCCCUUGUACACCAUAGUAUUGAUCUACUAUGCCUUCUGCCUGGUCUUCAUGAUGAUGCUACGCCCCCUGCUGGUGAAGAAGAUUGCCUGCGGUCUUGGGAAGUCUGACCGCUUCAAGAGCAUCUAUGCUGCCCUCUACUUCUUCCCUAUCCUAACAGUACUACAGGCAGUGGGAGGGGGGCUGCUGUAUUAUGCCUUUCCCUACAUCAUACUCGUGUUGUCCUUGGUUACCCUGGCUGUGUACAUGUCGGCAUCAGAGAUACAGUCUUUCAAGAACCUUGUUGCCAAGAAGAAAAGACUGGUGGUUCUCUUCAGCCAUUGGCUCCUUCACGCAUAUGGCAUCAUCUCAAUCUCCCGAUUGGAUAAAUUGGAGCAGGACUUGCCACUAUUGGCUCUGGUGCCUGGCCCCGCCCUGUUCUACCUCCUGACAGCAAAGUUCACUGAGCCCAGUCGUAUCCUGUCUGAGGGGGGCACCGGACACUAACCUAGCCGCUAUCAUACUUGGGAGGUCCUCAUUUUAAUUUAUCCUUUGCAAAGCUAGCAAUGUACCAUUCCUAAAGUAUAAACUGACAAGACAUGAAGGUUUGCCCAUCUGUACAGUGGUCUGUCUAGCAGGUGUGGUUGGAUUGACGCACCACAACCCCUAGCCUUGCCCUGAGAUUAUUGUUCACAUAUGGACAUCCUAAACUACUUCAAGCAUUGACAGUAGGAAUUAGUCCUGCAGUUUGGGAGGUCCUGUAGCUUAUGUAUGAAUGUGUGCGUGUUAAUAGAGUAAAGCUGUUUAAGCAGUGUGUGCAUUUGACUUCAAUAACAGCAUUUACGCACCAUCUUGAAAAUGUUGUCUAUGAUUACUGUAACUCAAUGAGGAUACUCUACAUCAUAAUGUAAUUUAAUGUGUGUGUGUGCGUGCAUGUUCUCCAUCUGUACAUUGUAACAUUGUAUACCAAUUGCCAACUGUUUAGCCAAUUUUUUCUUUCACAUGUGCACACGGAAAUGUAAAUAUUAAUGCUGCUGUUUUGUCACAGAUUCUGUUGUGUGAGUCUUGCCAUUGAAAAUAUGCUUUUAUGCAUGCUUAUCUCAUUGAAUGCCAACUGAAAACGUGCAUAGAGAAGGAAUUUGUUUCACGGUUUUUAUUGUUUUUAUGUAAGAAAACCGAAAUGAAAUCAGAAAUGCUGUUGUUUAACAAGUCCGAUGUGUUAGCAAUGUGUUAUUCCAAAUAAACAUACCAACUGGUCUCAAACUUUAA